AUCAAAUGCAAAAAUGUCUGGGUCUGGAAGAUUGCGAGAUUUGUCAUGCUUGUCUGGCAUGACCAAAAAGUUUGUGAUGCGUGUCAAAGAAGAGACCCUUUUCCCUUUUGCCUGUCAUGCAAAAACGCAGUCUGUGAUGCGAAACACGCAACACAAUAAAGAAGCGCAGACAUUUCUCAUGCUUGGCUGUGCAUUACAGAGCAUUGAUUCACUAUUCCCAGCGCAACAUUACAAGUUUCCAGACCCAGACAUAUUUGCAGUUGAUAUCGCGCUGCACAACACCGUGGUGGAGCCGUCAG